GGACAGUUGACAGUUGGCUUGGAAGCAAUCAUGAAGCAAUCAAAAGGAGACGAUGCACUUGGUGUCAACUUAUUGACAUUUCUGGAGGCACCGCUAAUGGCGACUGGAAGCGUUAAGCGAUUGGUAAGACAAGGCCAGGGUCGUAGCUAUCAGACAAUUCCAACACUGCCUUUGCAGGAUCGGGAGCAGCCCCAAUGGAGCUGGAGCCUUAAUCUGGCUGGCUUUGGUGCCACAAUCGGAGCAGCUGUGCCGGUGGGCUACUGCAUUGGCGUGGUCAACAGUCCCGCCGUGCACAUACGCGCCUGGUGUAAUGCCACGCUUGAGGCACGCUAUGAUCUGCAGCUGAGUGAAUCCGCCUUGGAGCUGCUGUGGUCCAUGGUGGUGUCCAUUUUUCUAGUGGGCGGUGCAGUGGGUUCCUUGUCGGGUGCCGCCAUUGCCAACAGAUUUGGACGCCGCGGCAGCUUCUACAUCUGUGGCAUCUUGUUGCUGCUGGGAUCCAUCUGUUUCGGCAUCUGCCGUUGGUUAAGCUCCGUGGAGCUGUUGCUCCUUGGCCGCUUGCUGGUGGGACUCGCCGGUGGCCUGAUCACCGCCUGCCUGCCCAUGUAUCACAGUGAAUUGGCGGCCUUGUCACAGCGGAGCAAGUUAUCGCCACUCUGUCCCAUCGGUCUCAGUGCAGGCGUCGUCAUUGCCCAGAUGUGCAGCCUGCAAUCCGUGCUGGGAAAUGAAACAAAUUGGCACAUUGCCUUGGCCUUCUAUGGCGUAUUCGUGGUGAUUUGUUAUGCACCCUUCAACUGGUAUCCGGAGAGUCCCAAGUGGCUGUACAUUGUGAAGGGACGCAAACAGCAGGCGGCACAGCAGUUGCAGCUCCUUCGUGGCUAUGCGGCAGACAGCGAAGCGCUCCAGGCGGAACUCAACGACAUGGAGCAGGAGGUGAAGGUGGACAGCAAACCGAGCACAUUUCUUCAAGUGCUGCGCAAUCCGCAGCUGCGUCUCCCGCUGAUCAUUGUCUGCGCCUAUUUGGGCGGCCAACAGCUGUCCGGCAUCAAUGCGAUCUUCUACUAUUCCGUGUCCAUCUUUCGCAAAGCGGGCUUCACGGCUCAGGUUGCGGAGUGGGCUAAUCUGGGCGCCGGAUCUCUCAACUUGGCCACCUCGUUGCUGGGUCCCAUGUUAAUGGAGCGCUUUAAUCGUCGUCCGCUGAUGGCUUUCUCCACUCUCUUCUGUUCCAUCUUUUUGUUUCUCUUUGCCAUGUUUCUGCAGUUUAUUGAAAGCUUCAGCUGGUUUGCCAUGGGCUGCGUCACCUGCAUCUUUCUGUACAUCUUUGUCUUUCAAUUUGGCCUGGGUCCCUUGCCCUUCUUCAUUGGCGCAGAGCUCUUUGAGGUGGCUCCACGUCCAGCUGCCAUGUCGCUGGGCAGCGUCGUCUAUUGGAUGUGCAAUCUGUGCAUUGGCAUGACCUUUCCCACUCUCCAGAAUGCCUGGGGUGCUCUCGUCUUCCUGCCCUUCUCCAUCAACUGCCUGCUGCUCUUUCUGCUCACCAUACGCUACUUGCCGGAGACUCGCGGUCGAGAUCCAAGCGAUGUGGCUCCUCUGGUUGCCGACGGCUUUAAAUCAAAGCGCAUCACACACUAAUUAUUGCCCUAGCUUUAGCUACUAAGUCUAGUAUAAUAAAUUUCAGCGGGAUUAGCUGUUUAAACUGAUUAAAAGU